AUGUCGAAACAUAACAUCGACACUGAACGUGUGAUAACAGAAGUUCGAAUAAGACCACCUUUGUGGGAUCUAUCUCACGAUUUAUUCAAAGAUAAAGAUGCCAAGCUUCAAGCAUGGUUUGGAGUGUAUAAAGCUCUUUUGCCCGAUUUUAAUGAUUUGUCUGAGAAUGAUAAAAAAGACUUUGAAAAAAGUGUACAACAAAGAUGGAGAACUGCGAGAGAUGCUUACAUGAGAUGCAAAAAUUCUAUGAAAUCUGUGAAAUCGGGAUCGGAAGGCGGAAAGAGAACCAAAUACGUAUUUUUCAAACAUUUACAGUUUCUUGACAAAAAACAUGUUGCCGACACCGAAGAUUCUAUUGAAGAAAAUGAAACAAGAGAAGAUACACAACAAGAUUCAAAUUUGGAGUCUCCAAACAAUCCACGUUCUACUGAAACAGUAUCCACCAAUCCAGAAACCCAACCACAGUGUUCCAGCCAAGUUAGACAAGAUUCUUCAAACACAACUAAACAAUCUAGCUCUACUCCUAACACAAACCCAUCAAGGAAGCGUAAAAACGCAAAAACUAAUGAAGACAGCUACUUCGAUAAAAACAUCUUGGAGUUUUUAACAAAAAACAGCGAAAUUAUUCAAAAUGACGAUAUGGCAUUUUUUUAUUCUCUUUUACCUUUAACACGGACAUUCGACAAUCGUCAAAAAGUUAUGUUCCGUACUGCAGUAAUGAAUAAAGCCCUGGAAAUUUGUAACUGCCCUUCGUCUAUCACUCCUCUUGCUUCACCAAUGUAUGCAUCUACCUCUCGCCCUGAAUCUUCUACUUCCAGCAUGAAUAUAGCAUCACCAGAAUCUCUACCAUCAGGAUCUCAAGACAUAGUUUUGUAUUCAGUUGAAGAACCUUCGUCUCAAAAUGUAGUGAGAACUAAUCCAAAUAUCGCACAUACAUCACAAAAUUCGGUAAUCACAUCUUUGUCUGCUUCCAGCUUCAAUAUACCAUCACCAGGAUCUCGAGACAUAGUUUUGUAUUCAGUUGAAGAACCUUCGUUUCAAAACGUAGUGACAACUAAUCAUCCGUAUGACGCUUUGGUUGGGCAUGAUAGCGUAGCUUCUAAUUCCGCUUCAUUGACUUUCUUUGAUAAUGGCUACAUUGAUUAUAUUGAAAAUGAAAAGCCUGGCGUAGAGUACAUAUAUAACCCUGAAUCGUUUGACAGUAAAAGUUUCGAUAACCAAACAUGUUCUAAUACGCAGACAUAUGAAAUAGUGAAGAAUGUUGUUAUUGAAGACAUAUUUCCGCUUGAAACAGAACAACUCAGUCCAAGUUCUCACUCGGUUCAAGUUCUAUCUCUUCGUCUUACUCCAUUACUUAUCUACAAUUCUAAAAAUGCCUCUAAUAGUUUUGAACCAUCUCAAUCGUACCUCUCUACAAGUAAUGAUAAAUCAGAUGAUGAUUUGGCCGUUCCUUUGAUACAAGAAAACUAA